AUGGAGGCGGACGCGGACCCCGAGGAGCUGACGCGGCUGCGCUCCGUCUUCGCCACCUACGACACGAAGGGCUCCGGGCGCCUGGAGCGUGCGGAGUUCGGCGCGCUGUGCGCGGAGCUGCACGUGGCCGAGGCCGAAGCAGAGGCCGUGUUCCUGGGGCUCGACACGGACCGCGAUGGCGCCAUCACCUUCCCGGAGUUCGCGCGUGGCUUCCGCGGAGCGCUCGGUCGGGACAGCGCGGAGGCGCAGGGCGCCUGGGACGUGGCAGAGCUGGAGAGCCCGAGCCCCGCGUGGCGGGACUUCCACGCGCGCCUCGGAGACGAGGCCCAGCUCAUUCCCAGAAAAGAACAAGUUAGUACCCUGUACCAGAACAUCAACCUUGUGGAGCCAAGACUACUCCAGCCGUAUGAACGUGUGAUAAGGAACUUUCUCCGUGAGAUCCACCUCCAGAGCACAGAAAUGGAAAACUUGGCCAUUGCAGUGAAGAGAGCCCAGGACAAGGCGGCCAUUCAGCUAAGUGAGCUGGAAGAGGAAAUGGAUCAGAGGAUUCAAGCUGUGGAAAAUGAGUCCCGGAAAGAUGAAAAGCGCAAAGCUGAGGAGGCUCUCACUGACCUCAGACGUCAGUAUGAAACAGAAGUAGGAGACUUACAAGUGACCAUUAAGAGGUUAAAAAAGCUUGAAGAGCAGUCAAGACAAAUAAGUCAAAAGCAAGAUGUGACUGCAUUAAAGAAGCAAAUCCAUGAUUUAACAAUGGAAAAUCAAAAACUCAAGAAAGAACUUUUGGAAGCACAGACAAAUGUAGCCUUUCUUCAGAGUGAACUAGAUGCUUUGAAAAGUGAUUAUGCUGACCAGAGUCUGAAUUCUGAACGGGAUCUGGAAAUAAUCCGAGAGUACACAGAAGAUCGAAGUAGUCUUGAGAGGCAAAUUGAAAUCCUCCAAACAGCUAACCGGAAGCUGCAUGACAGUAAUGACGGCCUCAGGAGUGCACUGGAAAGCACUUACAGCAAGCUCAACAGAUCCUUGCGUAUAAAUAACACAUCACCAGGGAAUACAAUUUCUAGAAGCAGUCCCAAAUUUAAUCAUCAUUCUUCUCAAGCACUGGCCUAUGAUAGGUCAUUCCAUUCUUCAUACGCAGAUGAGGAUUGUGACUCUUUGGCUCUCUGUGACCCUCUGCAGAAGAUGAAUUAUGAAGUUGACAGCCUGCCCGAAAGCUGUUUUGACAGCGGUCUGUCUACUCUGAGAGACAAUGAGUGUGACUCUGAGGUGGACUACAAGCACCAGGGAGGAUUUCAGAGUUUGCACAGAACAGAGGAGAGCCUUGGGGGAGAUGCGUCAGACACAGAUGUUCCAGAUAUAAGGGAUGAAGAAGCGUUUGAUUCUGAAAGUGUGGCCUCUGUCUUACACUGGCAGCCCCAGGGGUCUGCUGGUGAGGGCAGCACUGUUAGUUCCUCCAGAAAGCCCAUCUCAGCUCUUUCACCUCAGACAGACCUGCUGGAUAACACCUCCAAGGUCACAUCUCAGAAGGCUUACAAGAUUGUGCUGGCCGGCGAUGCCGCAGUGGGAAAGUCAAGCUUCCUCAUGCGACUCUGCAAGAAUGAGUUUCAGGGGAACACAAGCGCAACUCUGGGAGUUGAUUUCCAAAUGAAAACUCUGAUUGUGGAUGGUGAACAAACAGUUCUUCAGCUCUGGGAUACAGCUGGGCAAGAGAGAUUUAGGAGUAUCGCCAAGUCUUACUUCCGAAAAGCAGAUGGUGUCUUACUGCUAUAUGAUGUUACUUGUGAGAAAAGCUUUCUUAACGUCCGAGAAUGGGUGGAUAUGGUUGAGGAUGGAACCCACAGAACUAUUCCUAUCAUGUUAGUAGGAAACAAAGCUGAUCUUCGUGACGUUGCUUCUGAAGAGAAACAAAAGUGUAUCUCAGCACAUCUUGGAGAAAAACUGGCCAUGACAUAUGGGGCAUUAUUCUGUGAAACAAGUGCCAAAGAUGGCUCCAAUGUGGUGGAAGCUGUUCUCCAUCUUGCACGGGAAGUGAAGAAAAGGACAGAGGAUGACGACAGCAGAUCUAUCACCAGUCUGGCUGGGUCUACUUCUAGAAAGUCACUACAGAUGAAGAACUGUUGCAAUGGCUAAAGCCCAGCUGUCCUGGGUUCACAAAGUCCAUGCUUCCAGAUUACUGACUGUGGGACCCUGGCUCUCCAUGAAGUAGUGCAUAAUAUGACACUGACCUCUGAAGAAUCACAACCUGGCUAAUCAUAGCUCUUCCCUGUUCUCAGCAACCUGAAGCUUGCUUUGUUCUAUCUCAGUGAGCUAUUUGGGAUGUCUGGCCCUAUAGAUCACUAAGAGAAAAAUGUGUUAAUGUUUUUAAUAUGAUAUAGUAAAAUAAAAUAACAUUUCUCAGAUCAAAGCUAUUGAGGAACCACUUAUAAAACUGCUUUAUAAGAAAACCUGUAGUUUGUAGUUAUCCUAUGACAGUGUUUACUUAAAGUUUUGGACAAAAGAGUAUAAUACUUUGUAUUAUGGAAGUCAGUGGUUUAAAACAGAGAAUUAGGCAACUGGCAGUAUAUUAUAUAUUACAGUUUUAAACCAUGGCUGGUAAAAGAUAGCAUGAAUGUUUUCAUUUGGCACCUCAGCUCUGCCCUUACCUAGCCUGAAAACAUAGUGCCUGUCCAGGCCACAUUACAGUGUUCCCCUCUGUAAAACAAGGAAGUUGCUCUCUAGGGCCUUUCAGAUUCUGUAGCAUCUUAAGAAACAGGAAGGGCGCAGUGGUCCAUAGUCAUAAAGGACCACUGUGAAGUCUGUGGCUUAAAUCAUAAGUAAAAAUUUUAGUAAAGAUGUGUAUAACGCAUACUACUGAAAGAACUAUGCCACCAAAAUGUAUCUCACAUAAUGACUGCUAGAGGCUGGGGGAAGAAGGGAGUUGGCACUAGUGGUCAGGGGUCAUGUGCCUUCUUAGGAGGAUGGCCACAGCCUCAUGGAAUCAGCCUGGCAGUAGUCAUGGUAAAAGACACCAAACUCAGUAUUUGAAAAGGAUAAGUGUUAUGAAUGUGAAUUGUGUUUCAUGGAAAAUAUAAUGGUAACUAAUGUAACAAUACUUUGCCAAAUGAAUAUAUUGUCACUAUUUCACCCUGUCCUGUGGUUUAACAUAUUAUCUGUAGCAUACUGCCAGUCCCUCAGCGCCUAACUUCAAGCAUUAACUUCCUCCUUGAUGAACAAUGCAAGAUUGUUAUUAUGCAUAGCUUUGGAAUGUGCUGCAUUUAAAAGAGGACCAGCCUUUUAAAACUUUGAGUCUGUCCUUUAGAUAGUGUCUAAAGGACACUAUCCUUACUAGUGUGACUGCUCCUCACUGAUUUGGUUUUUCUACUGGAACCUGCAGUGCCUCCUGACCAAAAUGUCUUCCAAGAGCCAGAGGCUUCACUCUCUGACUCAGGAUGGGCCAACAAAUACAUGUUUCUAGUGUCAUGAGCCAAUUAGAUUAUUCUUGAUAAGAGACUCAAAUAUCUUGGUUCAUAUAAAUCUAGGCUUUGAAUAGCUUACCCAGAACAUAAAUAAUCGCUGUUACUUACGUAAGUCGUAUAGUAUAUAUUCAAGAAUUCUUUUUGUUGAGCUAAAGUGGUUGCUUGGGCUAGUGAGGUGUCUCAGGAAGUGCAAGUACUUGUUGCACAAGCUUGCCAACUCCAGAUUGGUGCCUGGCCCCACAGUGGAAGGGCAGAACUGACUCUUGAAAUUGGUUCUCUGACCUUCACAUGUGUAUUCUAGUGAACAAAUGGUAUGUCCACACACAUACAUAGAGUAGUAGUUAUUUUUUUAAAUAACACUUCCUUUAAACAACCCCUUCUGUGCUUUUGAUGUUUGUCAUUAAACUUUAAAUUGUUUGAGCUUCAUUAUAUUUUUUUUUAUAAAUGAUACAUUCAUACACAAAAGUCACAUACCUUAUCCCUAUGGAAAGACUCUAGGGUUUUAACAAGAAAAUUGAAUCUUCAGUAACUACAUAUGAAUUGCUAUUUUGUGGUUAAUGGUUCCAGCUUCAGCUGAAAGGUUACUGAUUAAAAAGAAUACAUUGAUUGUGAGAAAUGGCCAGAGAACUUGACACACAGGUUGAGGUGGUUGUCAUUUUGUAAUAUGUGUCACAGUUAGAAGUUUGCCAUUAGUCUAGACAAGGCUGAGUCUUAUACAUUGAUGGAUUGCACUCACUGAACAGACUCUGUUUGCAUGCAUGCUAGCCUGUUGUCUUUACUUAUUUCCCCCAAAGUCCUUUUGUCUUCUAUUCUCUGUACCCAAGGGUGUAUUAUUAAUGUACAUGUUCUGCCUGGGGUUUUGCCUCUAGUUGAAGGGCCAGAACAGCUGUGUUUACGAGAAAGUUGUCUAGGUGACAUGACCAACAAGCUGACAUGCUUAGUGAUCUGAAUAUAAAAUAUUCAAAUUAAAGACUACUAUCUCUAUUUAACCAACUUGUUUAAGGAAAAGCUAAUUCAAACUAUUUUCAUCUGAUUUGUUGGGAUACUCUGUUUUGAUUUCUCAAAAGUGUUCUCAAAUUUAAAUUAUAUUUUAAGUAAAGACAAAAUAAUGCUUUCAGCUUAAGCUUACUUAGAUAUGUUCACACAUUUCUCGCAAGUAACAUAUUUUGUGUUCAUUUUUCCUUAGGCAACUUUUAAAAACCCAAUGAUGCUAUAUCCUCUUUUUAAAUACUCUCUAACACAUUGGAUAAUGUAUUAAUUAUCAAAAAUAAUGUUGGAGAAGCAAGCAUUUUUUUCACUGUUAACUUCUAGGCCUGUUAAUUUUUAUAAUUUAUUUUUCUUCUUGCUGCUUUAUACCAUGUUGUAUGACAUUUAACUAUUUAAUACUAAGUGUGAUUUGAAUAAGUAAAACCGUCCUUCCCCCUCUAAAAUUAAAAUUGAGGAUAAGGGUAAAGACUUAUUUUCAUAUUUAUAUGGUGGUUAGACUCAGAAUAUUGUUUUUGUAGGUUUUUGUUGUAUAUAUGUGUAAGAAAUUCAGUAUGUAUAUGAUAGGUAGGCAACUGGGAACUGAGUCACUGUUAUAUACAUGAUUUUGAUUUAUAUGGUUUGCAUUUUUCACAGUUUAAGUUGUAUUUCAUCCUAGUGUUUAUAUAUUUUCAAACAAUUGAAAUACCAUCAAAUAUAAUUGCAUAACAAUGAAAAUAUCCAAAAGGAGCUACAGAAUCUGUGCCUUAAAAAUACAAUAAAGUGCUCUUCUUUUGG